AUGCGUGGCAGGCCACCCGCAUCCGGAUCCUUCCUGUGCUUGCGGGACUUUGACCGCAAAGCUUUCAAGGCCUUUCUUUGCAACGACUUCCGAAUGCUCAGUGAGCCGACCAAGCGACCAGGACAGGAGAAGCCUUUGCUGUCAAUGUCAAUUGCGGAGCGAACCGAGAGAGGCUUCUUCUUCCAAAUCCGGCGUGGCUGGCAGUUCGCCAAGUCGCCCGACUACGCCAAGAGAUGCCGGGCGUACAUACCACCGAAGCAAGAGCCAGAGCCGGUGGAAGACUUCAUCGGCCUCUGCACUCGGAGGUUCUGCAACGCAGCCCGCCGUUUCAUGGCUGCAAGCAGGGCUCCACUGCUCCACGUGUCUCGGUUCUUUGAGACCAUCCACCAGAGCUACGAGGACCUAGCCAAUGUGUGGGUAGAGAUCUUCAAGAAGGACCCCUAUGCGAGCCUUUCCAUGCAGGAUCUGCAUGCCGGUUGCAAGGUCUUGGGCUUCCCGGAAGAUCUGGUGGAAACGCUCUUCCUUGGCCUACAUCCCAAUCCAGGCCAAUCCGAGUCGUUAUUCCUUUGGGACUUAGAGGACAUGUUCGUGACCACUCGACGUCUUUGGGAGUUGAAGAAGCCCAAGGCCCUGCGAAGGCAGGUUUUGCCUGUGGGGACUUCCUUGCUGGUAGCAGCGGAGGUCAAGUUGAAACCGGAGGAGGAGGCGGCUUUUCAUCCUCUUGUUGCCGCUGCGGAUGGGGAGGACAAGGUGGAUGACAUAGUGCAGCAUGACUUAACGCCACAGCUGGUGCGGGAAGCCAUGGCGAGGCACGUAACCGAUGCACAUGUGGAUUUUGUAGUAGAUGUUGCCAUUCGGAGAGCUCUGGCGAGGGACUUCGUGUCUACCGUCGCGUGCUGGAUCACGGAGUUGGACUGGAGAGGCUCCGUCACCUCGCAGCAGUUCUUCGAGCUGAUGCAUCGACUCGGCUGCGCAGGCAAUCUUCUGAAGCUUUGGGAAGAGCUGACUGGUGAUCGAGGUGUCCUUCGUUUCAUCGAUAUAGAUCCCAAAGCUCAGAAGUUGCUGGAGGCUUGCCGCCAGGAGCUCCUGCAAAGCCACGGGACUCUGAUGGAUGCUUGGCGCAAAGGCAUUGACCCUGGCGACUUGGGCAUCGUCGACCUACAGGACUUCCGGGCCGCCUGCAAAGAAGUGCUGCCGAGCCUGAAGCCGAAGGAGGUGGCGACUUUGUUCCAGUACCUCUUGGCUCGGCAUGGGCAGCGCUGCGCGCUCAGCUCCCUGCGAAAGGAGGACCUGAAGGCCCUCCUCAUUGGUGUGGCCCCUCAAGAACGUGGGGAAACUUGGGGCGAAGGAUUGGAUGGGGACGAUGAGAGGGUCUCUCUGGAGGAUCAGGCCCGUCUAAUCGACAGCGUUGAUGGCUUUAAAACAAUGCUCCUUGCCCAAGUCCCAGUUGCUCCAUCGGUGCUUGUGCAUAUGGUGAUUGUUGACCACCGAGUGCUUUCUGCUUCAAAGCUGCUGGAACGAGCCUUCAGGCCAAGUAUGGCAGCUUCUUCGCUGCAUGGGUCUACGCGCUUGACAGGGCCCGUGCCACCGUUCAACCUUAUGUUUGACUGCAGCUCGCGUCCCAGCAGCAGCCGACAGGAACGGAACGGCUUCGUGGCUAAGCAGGUCUCGUACCUGUGGCGUGAGUUCAUGCGGGACCAGAAGGGUGGAAUCCUGACACUCGAGGCUCAGCAAGAUGCACCGAUCUUCGACCCGGAGACUGCGCAGUCUUGGUCGGAGCUGCACCAUUUGCUGCUGGAGGCUCUGGGUCCAGGGCCGCGAUGGACGCUGGUGAUGACGAAGCCGCUGCAACUUCUGCCUCUCCGACGGCUGAGCAUGGACAUUUGCCGGCAGACCCAUCAGCUGACUCAUCAGCUGACCCAUCAGCUGAUCCACCUGCCGGACCAGCUGCCGGACCAGCUGCCGAACCACCUGCAGAACCACUUACCGAACCACCUGCCGAACCAGCAGAGCUGGCCGACGGACCCGCUGGAGCUCGAAACAGUCGCGCCCGCUCCUGACAGCAGGAGGGUUGGCGAGCAGCUUUUGAUCCCGGCCACAUUCGGCGUGUGGGUAGGCGUCGGAAGUGAGCAGCGCUUCUUCGAGGGCUGCAAGAUGCUGGGCUACCCCAAGGAUGCAAACCGCCUCUUCGACCUGUUGCGCCCGGAUCCCUUCCGCGAGUACUUGGUCUUCGAGGACAUUGUUGGCGACCUCAACCCGAAUGACUUCGCUCUGCGUCUGAACCUGGACGGCAUCCCGUUCGCGAAGGACCGCUACCGCACCCUUGAGGACGAAGAGGGCAAGAGAUGUUAUUGGAUGACCGUCUGCUGUCCCGGGCAAAGAAUUUGA